UUGGCGAGGGGCCAGCGGAGUUUUCUUGGGUUCAGGCCUCCCCAGCUUGAGCCAACCAUCACCCGGCGAACCAAGCAGAACCAAGCAGAACCAAGGACAUUGCGACUGAGUGCAGAGGAACCAUCCAACUCCGAUAACCAUCUACUCGCCCAACUCAGGAGUCAUGGUCGAACUGCCAACUAGACCCUGUUCAACGAACGGCUGUGGAAAACUAGCAAGCAAAUUAGAGUGUCCCAAAUGUAAACAAGACCCCAAUCUUCCAUCUCGUUUCUUCUGCUCUCAAAGCUGCUUCAAACAAGCCUGGCCCGAACACAAGAUCUCUUGUCAUUCCAACAUCCCUGCCCCCAUCGUCCCAUCCGAAUACAAAGGACCGCUUGGAACUUUCGACCCCUUUGACGAACAUAACUUAUCAUCCUAUCCGCUCAGAAAUCGGUCCAAAGAGACUCUUCGAGGGAUCCAACACUUCAAAUACACCGGGCCAUUGAGAGCGUGUUAUCCGAUCGAAGGUGUGCCGAAGAGGACUGUGCCCGAAUCGAUACCACUACCGGAUUAUGCAAAGGACGUUCAAUAUGGUAUUUCACCCUCUGAACAGGCAAUCUCCGGUCAACGACUCGGGAAACCUUUGAAGCCCAAUGAGAUUGAUGGGAUGAGGAAGGUUUGCAAGCUUGCUCGAGAGGUUCUGGACUUGGCAGGCUCUCACGUCCGGCCGGGAAUCACUUCUUUAGAGCUAGACAAGAUCGUGCAUGAUGCUUGUGUCGAGCGUAAUUCGUACCCUUCACCUCUUGGUUAUUUUUUGUUUCCUCGUAGUGUCUGUAUCAGUCUCAAUGAAGUAAUUUGUCAUGGAAUUCCUGACGGUCGGCCACUCGAAGAAGGGGAUAUUGUCAACCUGGAUGUCACCCUGUUCCAUGAAGGUUUUCAUGGCGAUUUGAACGCGACAUAUCCGGUGGGGAAGAUCAGCGAAGAGUCCGAACAUCUGAUCAAGUCGACCCGAAGAUGCCUGGAUCGGGCGAUUUCGAUCUGUCGGCCAGGCACACUGUUCAGAGAGAUCGGCAACAUCAUCGAGCCCAUGGCCAAACAAGCCGGCCUCAACGUCAACAAGAGAUAUUGUGGCCAUGGGAUCAGCCAGUUGUUUCAUGGACCUCCUAACAUACCACAUUAUGCCAAAUCAAAAGCCAUUGGAGAAAUGAAACCUGGAAUGGUUUUCACCAUUGAACCGAUGGUUAAUCAAGGAGUUUCAGAUGAAGAUCAUUGGCCGGACAACUGGACAGCAGUCACGAAGGACGGUAAACGGUCGGCCCAGUUCGAAGAAACAUUGCUGAUUACGGAGAAUGGGGUUGAGGUCCUGACCGCGGAACCGGGCUGGAAAUUGCCCGCCGAAUUCGAGGAGGUUGCCUUAGGUCAAGUCUUGGGGGCCCAAUCAUAAGCCCUGACCAUCUUGCCCUCUCCUACGUUCAAUCAUUCUCACCAUUGGCCGUGACUGGUUAGGGAAAUCAGUCAUGUCAGUCUUCCGAACAACAUUCUCCCUCCAGCUCUGUAUCUCGACCCCUUCUGGGCGCGAAGACGGCCGGACAGAUCCACCUGGCCAAUGCUCCGACAUCGUUCUCUAAGCCCCAGUUCCUUGUUUUCUUGCACUUUUGUACAGAAAAAAAAAUGCCUGCCUUUCCUUCAAGUAUCUGUUUUCCAUCUUCUAAUGUUUCGAGCAUUUGUCUUCCAAUAUUCGCAAAGCUUGUAGAGCGUCUUCGUAUUUGAUUGCUGUUUUUCCGCAUCUUCACGGUGCACCCCACAUACAAUCAUUAUCUUCCUUGAUUUGCAUUGCACGUUGGCAACUUCCAUCGUUGGACUAUAAAAUUGACAAUCGGA